UAAGAAAGUGGAGCUUGCCAUUUUGCUCAGGCUUUGGCAGCGGCAGCUGGGAGAGCCUGGGACUGGCCGGCCGGGAGGAGGCGGGGUCAUCGCUAGCUCCUGCUUCCGAUCUCCAUGCUGAAGAGCGUCUGGGUGGCGCGCGCGGUUGCUGUGCUGAAGGAGCUGAGAGGAGCUCACUACUCCUGUAAGAAAGCUUGAUAUAAGCCGACAGUAGCCACCUCAAGUUCAGGCACAAAGCUAUCAGCUACAACGCCGAGCAGGCGAGAAGAAGCAUCGGAACGGCCACAAGUAGCAACCAAUUGAAUCCAUGGACAACCAGCCGCUGCCCUACUCCACUGGUCAGCCCCCGGCGACCGGCGGAGCCCCGGUGCCCGGCGUCCCUGGCGCGGCCGGGCCGCCACCGGUGCCGCACCACCACCUGCUCCAGCAGCAGCAGGCCCAGCUGCAGGCGUUCUGGGGGUACCAGCGGCAGGAGGCGGAGCGCGCGUCGGCGUCGGACUUCAAGAACCACCAGCUGCCGCUGGCCCGGAUCAAGAAGAUCAUGAAGGCCGACGAGGACGUGCGCAUGAUCUCCGCGGAGGCUCCCGUCCUGUUCGCCAAGGCGUGCGAGCUCUUCAUCCUCGAGCUCACCAUCCGCUCCUGGCUGCACGCCGAGGAGAACAAGCGCCGCACCCUGCAGCGCAACGACGUCGCCGCAGCCAUCGCGCGCACCGACGUCUUCGACUUCCUCGUCGACAUCGUGCCGCGAGAGGAGGCCAAGGAGGAGCCCGGGAGCGCGCUCGGCUUCGCGGCGGCCGGGCCUGGCGCCGUCGGGGGAGGCGCGGCGCCCGCCGCCGGGAUGCCGUACUACUACCCGCCGAUGGGGCAGCCGGCGCCGAUGAUGCCGGCCUGGCAAGUUCCGGCCUGGGACCCGGCCUGGCAGCAAGGGGCGGCGCCGGACGUCGAUCAGAGCGCCAGCUACGGCGAGGAAGGGCAAGGGUUUGCCGCAGCAGGCCAUGGCGGUGCCGCUAGCUUCCAUCCUCCUGCACCUCCGAGCUCUGAGUGAUCUGCUGCGCUCCUUCGUGCUGGUUUAGCUACAUGUGCAGACGCGCUUGAAGUGAAUGUCGAUCGUUCAAUGUGUCACGGUGUAAGUGCAAACAUGGUAAUGGAGCUACAUACAGAACGAAUAAGUGCGACGUGAGUAAUUUGUACAUGCACGUGAUGUGCUGAUCAAUCAAAGAUUAACAUGCAGUUUAAUUAAUUACUAGCCA